GCGGCUGCCUCAGGAGGACCCCUUUCCCCCCAGAAAUUACUCAAUGCUGAAACCUUUCAAAGUGAUAUUCAAGGCAUUGGAAGCACCAUGGAUGGGUUUUAUGAUCAGCAAGUCCCUUUUAUGGUCCCAGGGAAAUCUCGCUCAGAGGAAUGUAGAGGGCGGCCUGUGAUUGACAGAAAGAGGAAGUUUUUGGACACAGAUCUGGCCCAUGAUUCUGAAGAGUUGUUUCAGGAUCUCAGUCAACUUCAAGAGGCUUGGUUAGCUGAAGCACAAGUUCCUGAUGAUGAACAGUUUGUCCCAGAUUUCCAGUCUGAUAACUUGGUGCUUCAUGCCCCACCUCCAACCAAGAUCAAACGGGAGCUGCACAGCCCCUCCUCCGAGCUGUCAUCCUGCAGCCACGAGCAGGCUCUCGGUGCUAACUAUGGAGAAAAGUGCCUCUUCAGCUAUUGUGCCUAUGAUAGGAAGCCUCCCUCUGGGUUCAAGCCAUUAACCCCCCCCCCCCCCCCCCUGUCCCCCCCCCACCAGAACUCCCUAUUCCCCCCACCCCAGGCAGCUCUGCCCACCUCUGCACACGCCCCUGCAGCUGGCCCGGUCCCAGGUGUGGGCCCCGCCCCCGCCCCUCACUCACUUCCUGAACCUGGACCACAGCAGCAAACCUUUGCGGUCCCCCGGCCGCCACAUCAGCCCCUGCAGAUGCCAAAGAUGAUGCCUGAAAACCAGUAUCCAUCAGAACAGAGAUUUCAGAGACAACUGUCUGAACCCUGCCACCCCUUCCCUCCUCAGUCGGGAGUUCCUGGAGAUAAUCGCCCCAAUUACCACCGGCAAAUGUCAGAACCGAUUGUCCCUGCAGCUCCCCCGCCCCCUCAGGGAUUCAAACAAGAAUACCAUGAUCCACUCUAUGAACAUGGGGUCCCAGGCAUGCCAGGCCCCCCAGCACAUGGGUUCCAGUCACCAAUGGGAAUCAAGCAGGAGCCCCGGGAUUACUGCGUUGAUUCAGAAGUGCCUAACUGCCAGUCGUCCUAUAUCAGAGGGGGGUAUUUCUCCAGCAGCCAUGAAGGUUUUUCAUAUGAAAAAGAUCCCCGGUUGUACUUUGAUGACACUUGUGUUGUUCCUGAGAGACUGGAAGGCAAAGUCAAACAAGAACCCACCAUGUAUCGGGAGGGGCCUCCUUACCAGAGGCGAGGUUCUCUUCAGCUGUGGCAGUUCCUGGUUACCCUGCUUGAUGACCCAGCCAAUGCCCACUUCAUUGCCUGGACGGGCCGUGGCAUGGAGUUUAAACUGAUAGAGCCUGAGGAGGUUGCUCGGCGUUGGGGCAUCCAAAAGAACCGGCCAGCCAUGAACUAUGACAAGCUCAGCCGUUCUCUACGCUAUUACUACGAAAAGGGCAUCAUGCAGAAGGUGGCUGGGGAGCGAUACGUCUAUAAAUUUGUCUGUGACCCGGAUGCCCUUUUCUCCAUGGCCUUCCCCGACAACCAGCGUCCGUUCCUGAAAGCAGAGUCCGAGUGUCACCUCAGCGAGGAGGAUACCCUGCCGCUGACCCACUUUGAAGACAACCCGGCUUACCUCCUGGACAUGGAUCGCUGCAGCAGCCUCCCCUACGCCGAGGGCUUUGCUUACUAA